UUUGGCAAUCAAAUUGAAGCAUUUCGUCAUCAUAAGUGGCCGUGGAUAAUCACAAGGGGUCGAUUUGCUAGUAACUUGCAUGCUCUUGCACGAGCAGUAGCAUUCGUUGUGCUCCCCCUAGACUUGGCUUGUAAUGAUUCUAUUAUAAAUGCCUUUGUUGGUGUGUGCUCCAGUUGUAUCAUGUUCAGCCAGAAAUUCCAUGCACGGGCUCACGGCACAAAGAGCAAGUUACCACCACUAGUAGUGGCGUUGCAGGACGUUGGAUUGCUUGUGUCGAGGUCACAACAUGCUGCUCAUCAUCGGGAACCAUAUAACAAUAACUAUUGCAUAGUGAGUGGAGUUUGGAAAGACUUCUUGGAUAAGAAUAAGUUUUUUGAGGCAUUAGAGAUGGCCUUGUAUAUUCAGCUUGUGGUGAGACCAAGGUCUUGGAGUGCGCCUUCCACUGACUGGAUUGAAGAGACCGAGUCCACUUCUCAGGAUGCAGUCCAAUAA